UCAAAACAACUUGGACGACCUUGAACACACUGGUUUAUGGAUUAGAAAAAUAUCUGUAAUGUCGGCCGCAGCAAACAUUCCAGUGACCUUUGAAUAACCCGAUCGCCAAGUGACAAUGCCAAUGAGCCGUGAAUAAUUCCAAUACACAUCCGGGUUUGUUUACAACGCAAAAUGCACAUGCUGCACAAUGAUUUCGCAGAAGUGAAAUAUGAGAAGCCAUGGCAAAUUCUUAGACCUACAAUCUACAUUCUAAUUGGCGAGUUGGACGGAUAGGGAAGUAAUAUUGUGAAAAAAUCAAAAACAUGACCCUGGAUUCUAGAUCCACCCCAAAAGUAACACGUUAACCCAAUUCCUGCGAUCGACCAUCUUUUUAAUUGAGUGAAGUAGCGCCCGCUGAGCCCAUCGUAAACAGGGCAGUUAGUCAUACUGCUGGUGAUCAAUAGAGAAGCAGGCGGCCUUGAUCCUCAAGCUCUUGUUUACAUCCUCACUCGAGGGAGAGGGAAAUAGAAGAAAAUCUUUUAAUUUCAGAUGCGGGGUUGUCAUCGUACGUCACUGAUUGGAUCUUUAACCAAUUGCAAGAUUGCUGCCAAAAUUUCACAUAUCGGGAUGAUGCUUAGAGAGGAUCGCCAUCAACGAUUACUUCCCCAUCUUCCUCUGGCGUCACAAUUACCAAACAGUCGAGAAAUCAUCAUUGAUUGGAUGUCAGAUGACCAUGUGACUCAAACGUAUGACCUAAUUCAGCAGUGCGCUGAAGAUGGACAUGGAUUUGGUGUGGAUGAAUUUGAAAAUGAAGAAGAUUUUCGUGAGGAAAUUAGAGAAUCAUUUUGUUUUGUGGUUAUGGACAGAUCAACAAAAGAAAUGCUUGCAUCAUUCAUUAUGACGUCAAGUAAGUUUUAUCGCGGUUCUCCGGAUGCCGUGGAUCCAUAUAUUAUCGUUAGACCCCAUGACCGCCAAAAGGGAAUUGGCGAAUUUUGUAUGAGAAAAGUUUUGGAAUUCUCUGAAAUUCUUGGAUAUCAAGGCAUGUAUGUGGACACCUUUUGCAACAAUACAGGAAUGCAGAAAAUCCUUGCAAAGCUCGGUGGUUUCAUGAAAUGUGGAUGCCUUCCCAUGGGGGGAAAACUGAAAAACGGAAAUAUCAUUGCCUCUCUGAUUUUCUUCCGUGAUCUUACAAAGUACUCCAAUGGUUGAUUACAUCCAGAAGGUAAAAAUGAAAAAAGGAAGGUAUAUUGUGAAAGAGACCGAGCUCUUCGCCAGAUGGAUACUUGCAAGUGGUUACAAUAACCCGACCCCACAUAUCAAACUAUGUUAAAGGGGCCUGUUCUUUUUUCUUCACCACUUGAACAGACUUACAUGUACAAUAUGUGCAUUGUAACGAUCCGAUCGAAGAUAUAUAUAUAUAUAUAUAUAUAUAUAUAUAUAUAUAUAUAUAUAUAUAUAUAUAUAUAUAUAUAUAUAUAUAUAUAUAUACGUAUGAGGACAUAAAGCAGUGCAUGAAAUAAAAGUUGAUAUUAUCAUGCACGUGAGUAAAAAUCUUUGACAAAUCUUUGAUUGUUAGAUGCAUAUGACCAAUUCAUCAAUUGUAUAAAUGGCAGGGAUGCACCUACUAUGUUAUUAAGAUUUCAGAGCACUAUUUUUAAAGCGAGAUUUUUACAAACUUUAUAUUCUUGCAAUAAAUCCUGUUCCAUCUUU